AUGGACGACGUCUCGCAGGUCACAAAGUCGCUAGGCGAGGUGGUCAUUGACGCCUCUGAGAACGAGGACCUGCCCAACCCCUCGGUGGUCCUCGAGAGCUUUACGGACACGCUCCUCAAGUCCCAUGACCCGGUUGUGCGCGAGGCAUUCCUGGAGUCCACCAUCGAUGUGCUCAAGCCUCGGGGUGACGCGCACGAUGUUGGAAGGCUCGCUGUGCUCAAAGACUCGGCGCUCACUUGCAUCCCGGCCUUCCUUCCUCUCGUUGCCGCGCACACGGUGCAGGCCAGCGCAGUUCUCGACCUCAUUGCGGAAAACGCCGAUGCUCGUGAGGUGCUGCUGGCACUCAACCUCCAACUGGAGCACUUUGCGGAGCAGGCGGACCCUUACGCCGUCAGCGACGAUGAGGAUUCCGACGAUGAGGACUCGUCCAUCGACUGGGUCACUGCCUUCCCGCAGGUGGCCCGCAUCUUGGAAAUGUAUGCUACUGCCGUCUCGCGCCUGGGCACCCAGCGCAGCACCCCCACCAUUCUGUCCAUCCAGGACACCCUCACUCCCCUCCUCCAGUCGAUUCCAAACACCGCGCCAACAAUGAUGGCACAGACCAUGUCGCAAUCACUCCUCCCGCGUACAGCGCGCCUCGUAGGCGCUGCUUGGGACUGGUCGCAGACCAAGUCGGAUAAAGGUGGAGAGCAGAAGGCCAUGCUCACCGAACUUCUCCAAAUGGCGGUCAUGAUCUUUGGUCCCUGUCUCGGUGCGGACCUGACCGCCCGCUGGUUCCUUGCGACGUACCCGCGCUAUGCUGGUAUGCACCCCGAGAACGAGGUCGGCUGGGAGGAGGGCCAGGAGGCGUUCGACAUUGUGCUUGCCGAGGGCCUCAAGCUGGGCCUCGACCGCAGCGAGCUGUACGCUCGCGUGACGAACACGUCUAGCAUCAAGCCGCACUCGUCCAUCGCGUCGCUCAUCAUGCUCGCCGCUUCUAUUCCGGCGCUCAAGGGGGAGAAGGAGGAGUACCCGUCCAAGUCGGUUAUUGCCGACGCCAUGCCUGUCCUCACUGUCUGCAUGGGUGGCAGCGCCGUUGACGCCGCCACGGCACUGACUUUCGACCUCGUGCACGCGGCGCAACAGGGCAAGAUUGAGCUCGAGUACGACCAGUCUACAUUCUUCCUUGAGCUCGUCAUGCCCCUCGUGCAGGUGGACUCUGACCCAACCACCCGUUUGGCCAUGUCCAAGCUGCUCGGCUCGGUGAUUGCUGCUACUCCUGGUGUCAAGGAUCAACUCAACCUAUUCCAGCAGCUUCUCGAGCCACUCAACCCGUUCGAUGGUAUUCGUGUGCUAGCAAUCUCGCUGCUUCGACAGCAAAUGUCUGGACCGCCUCAACCCUCACCCCUGCUGUGCCCUCAAAUGGUUGACCAACUUGGCCCAAUUCUCUUCGAACUUCCCCCUGAUGCCCUGGACAAGCCUACCGCGCAUAUCCUCAUGAGCAUGUGGCCAGCGUGGCUGACGGAGAGUGCCAACUUCUUGUACUUCCUCAUCGAGCGCGAUAGCCAAAACGCGUCUGGUAUCAAGGACCCUGCUCGCCUGGCCAAGCUCCGCGGGUUCCUCGCUGUUGUCCAGGACAAGGCCAAGAAGUGGAGAGCAGACACGACCGAGCCGGACGCCGAGCUGGUGCUCAACCGCUUGGAAGAUGCUGCUUCCCGCGCUCGCGCGGCCGCCGUGUGA